GCACGACGGGCAUGAUGCUGAACUGCAAAAAAUAACUUGCAUAAAAACCGAUGAUGAUGAAGAACCGCCUGAGGAGAAGAAAGAAAAACCAUCUUCCCGCACAAAAGGCAACCAAAGAUGGAUGAAAUUGAGAACGACCGUGCAGCUCUCUGGCGCAAUAACAUCCACAAUUCAGAAGAGCAAGCCUACUCUAAAAAGAGAAGACUCCUUCUUGAAGAGAUUCUCUACCCGCCAGAUUCCUGAGUUGCAAGAGACAGUUGACCCGUGUGAGGACAGCGAUGCGCCGAGCGGUAGCGUGUCUUGCGUCAUGUCCCGCCUCGGUUGGAAGAACCAUCGCAAAAGGCGCAAAAAUUCCAGGACUCCAUGCACAGUGGUCAACACGGAUGGCAACUUCUACUAUUGUUGGCUUUUCUUCGUUUCAAUAAGUGUCCUCUACAACCUUUGGACACUUAUAGUACGUCAAGCGUUCCCGGAACUGCAGGAGUACCAAGAAGACUUCUGGUCAUCCAUGGAUAUCAUCACCGACAUAGUAUUUCUGUUAGACGUUGGGGUCCAGUUCCGUACUGGGUAUCUCGAGCAAGGGCUCAUGGUCUAUGACUCAAAGAAGCUUGCUGGACAUUACAUCAAAUCGAAGAACUUCUUACUCGAUUUGCUCGCUUUAUUUCCCCUUGAUUUGAUACAACGCAACACAGGUGUGAAGCCGAUCCUAAGAUUUCCACGAUUCUUGAAGGUCUAUAGAGUCUACAACUAUUAUUAUAUUGUUGAAUCCCGUACUGUCUAUCCAAAUGUCUGGCGAGUUGUGAAUUUGAUCCACAUCCUUUUGAUUCUGGCUCACUGGUUUGGAUGCUUUUAUUAUUUACUGUCGGAGGCUGAGGGAUUCCAAGGAGACUGGGUUUACCCAUACAGACCUGGGGACUACGCCUCACUUAGCCGCAAAUACCUUGGAUCAUUGUACUGGUCUACCCUUACUCUUACUACCAUAGGCGAUCUACCAACACCGGAGACAAAUAAACAUCCUAGGACAGGCAGCCUUCAAAGUCUUCUUAUGCGAGGACACAAAUCCCGCCUACUCCAGUUCAACUCAAAUAUGGGAUAUAUAUUCACGAUUGUCAGCUACUUAAUAGGAGUCUUCAUUUUUGCAACCAUUGUUGGACAAGUUGGAAAUGUAAUCACAAACCGAAAUGCUAAUCGACUAGAAUUUGAAAGACUACUUGAUGGAGCUAAGACAUAUAUGCGCCACCAUAAAGUACCUGGUGGAAUGAAACGUAGAAUUCUACGUUGGUAUGACUAUUCUUGGUCAAGAGGUAGAAUUCAAGGAGGAGGAGAUAUUAAUACAGCCCUAGGUUUGUUACCUGACAAACUAAAAACUGAAUUAGCGUUACAUGUGAAUCUUAGUGUUCUAAAAAAGGUUACUAUUUUUCAAAAAUGCCAGCCAGAAUUUCUACAUGAUUUGGUGUUAAAAAUGAAAGCAUAUAUAUUUACACCUGGUGACUUAAUAUGCCGAAAAGGAGAAGUAGCAAGAGAAAUGUUCAUUAUUGCAGAUGGAAUAUUAGAAGUGAUGAGUGAAACUGGUCGUGUCCUUACAACUAUGCAAGCAGGAGACUUUUUUGGAGAAAUUGGUAUUCUAAACUUAGAUGGAUUAAACAAGCGAACUGCUGAUGUUAGAUCAGUUGGAUAUUCAGAAUUAUUUAGUCUAUCAAGGGAAGAUGUUCUUGCUGCUAUGAAGGAUUAUCCAGAGGCACAAGUAAUACUUCAAAAUUUUGGUAGACAACGUCUAACAGAAGCUAGAAACUUAAACCGAGCCUGGAAAUUAUCUGCUCAACAAAAAAAAGAAAAGGGGAUGACAGCUACAGUCCGCAUAGAGUCAGAAACUGAUACCAGCAAGCGAAGCAUUGUUGAGAAAAUUACAGGAGACGUCAAAGAGUUAAAAAAUGUUUUUCGUAAAAGCACCAGGGCUAAAUCAGAUUGUAUGGAGCUUGAACCAACAAAAUCGCAAGAUAAAGAAAAUAAAGAAACUAUUGGUAAAGCAGUUCUCUGUCGUGUUCCUUGCAUACAUAAUGAAGACAUGUCACAAGAUGAAGAGAGUCCAGUUCCACAAAAAAUUGGAGCUGGAUUACCUCUGUUUCAGCGCUUAAAAUUACUAAAAGAGAAACAAGAACAAGAACAAUUAAGAAAUGAAAGUAAAGAUAGUGUACCUGCUCUUAUGCUAGAAGAAGAAAAAAAAAACAAAGAAAGUGAGUCAGUUGGUGUACCAUUAUUACAACGGAUACUGUUAAUGAAACAAAAAGAUGAAAAGAAAGCUGGAGUUGUACAGACUACAGCUAAUAUGGCUGCAGAAGUUCUAGCGUCAACAGUCAGAACACAGAUUACAUCACCAACACAGUUAACCUUAAAGUCAACUAUGAAAUAUGAUAGCAAUGAUGAAUCAAAAUUAGAAAAAAAACUAUUGACUGAAAUAAAUAAAAAAAAGAUCCCCAAUAAAUUUAAAGAAAAGUUAAUGGAAGAAGGAGAAAGGAGUGUUUCUCAUUUUCCAUCUCCGUAUUUACCUGCUCCUUCUGUUGAUACUAUUUCUGAAAGGAAAAAUCAUUAUGAAUCAGACAAUGAAUCAUGGAUUUUAAUUAAAAAGGCAGUAUUAGUACCUAAUAACUCUAUGGAUCUUCAUGAAAAAAGACUAACUGACAUAAAAUUAAAAAAUAAUGAAAGAUUGGAAAACGAUAACGUUUCUUUGGGAUCAAAACCACAUGAAAACAUAUUAAAAUAUAUAAUGGAUGAAGAAUCAAAACUAGAUGAAGCAAUAGGUGGAAUCUUGGAAGAGACAGAUACUACUGGUACUGUAGUAAAAUCAUCUCCAACAUCUCCCUAUCACAGUACUGCAUCAAAGACAUAUGAAUCAAUAGACGAUUUAUCUCCUGAAUAUUCUGGUUUACCAUUUGUUAAAAAAUUAAAAAUAUUAAAUGAAAGGCAAAAACUUGCUGAGUUACAGAAAGAAAAACCUUCCAGACAGGUAAAGAAUACCGAUGGUUACAGUAGCCGUCCCAAUAGACCUCCACCAAUUGAUUGUUCUGAUGGAAUAUAUCAAUCAUAUGAGUCCCCUCUGAUGUCUCCUGAAAGUAAUGAAACUCUUGAAAGGAGAAAACUAAAAAGUAUUUUGAAAAAACUUUCAUCUGCUUCUACUGCUCAAUCAGGAGAAUCUAGUUCUUCUGAAAUUUCCAAUAUCAUCAAAAAGAAAAGUUCAAGUGAAAUGAGAAAAUUACUUCGUGCUCAAACUGUUGAAGGAUAUGCUGCCCGUCAUAGCAAGUUCACAAAAAGUGUUACUUUUAAUCAUGAUACUGUUGACUUAGAAACCUCAUCAACAGAAAGUGUGUCUGCCCAAAUAGGAACCACUCUUUUAGUUGAUAAUAAUUUAGAAAGCUCAGAAACAAAUAGAGAUAACCAAACAUGCUCAAAUGUAAAGAAUGUUUCCCUACAAACAGACACAAAUCAAAAUGAAGAUGUCACAGGAGAAGUUUUAAAUAUUGUAGCAUCUAGUGAUGCAGUAAGUAGUGUAAUUAAGUCAGUUCAAAAGUGGGAGGCAAAUCAGGAAUCAACUUCUUCUGAAGGUCAAAGUGAAAGAGAAAAGGGAGGCGCUGCAUAUGUCAAUAUUCAAAGAGAAAUCAUUAGUACCAUAUUUGAAGAAAUAAGGAAAGCAAUAGAUGAACACUUGGGAAACAUUGAAUCUAAAUAUGUAACCCAAUAUAUCAGGCUGCAAUUAGAAGUUAAAAGAAGAGAUGAUUUAAUUAUGGAGUUGGAAAGGAGGCUAUCGGAGAUUGAGAAUGUACCAGUUAACAUGCUGCUGUCGGAGGAUGAGGAUGUUGAAGAUGAAAUUAGUUAUUAUGAACACCAGUCAGCAGGUACUCCAAGUGUUUCAUACCAUGAUUUGUCAAAAAGCCUUUCUCAGAGUAAAUCACUGAGUCAAUCAGAAUCCACUAUCAUAAGGAUUGAGAGUGAUGAUUCAACUGAUGAAGAUGAAGUAUUUUUUUCAAAUCAAACUGACUGGGAAAUACACUUACUUGCUGAAGAAUUGGAGAAAAGAGAAAGAACUAGAAGAAGAGCAAUCAGCUUUGACGUAAGUCAACUUCAACCUAGGCCGACAAUAGAUGAAUUGAGCGAACAUGAAGAAACUGAAUCUUCAUUUUAUGGAACAGAAAGUGGUCCAAGACCUCAAGUGAGUAGGAAUUUAGAAGAAACUGAAUAUGAACGCUCCCCAACAGUUUAUAUGACAAGAAGAAGUCUAUCAGCUAACAGUAUUCAGACACAAAUUUCAGGAAGAAUUAUACGUCGAAAACAUUAUAGCCUUAAUGGCACAGAAUUUGAAGAUGCUACAUUUACUAGGCGCCCACUUCAAGCUUCAUCAAGUGAAACCAUGAAGUAAAAACAAAGGGGUUGUUGUUUUUGUGAGCUUUACAAUAAUUGGUAUUAUAACAUUAAAUGUCAUAAAUGUUAUAUCUUUCCUGUUUUCAAAAAUUAUUUAAAUGUGAAAGCUUGAUGUUGACUAGAUGUAUUUUUCGCACAAUGUAUCGUGACAUGCAGUAACAUAUUUUCUAUUAAUACUUGCAUGUAUAAUUUAAAUAAUGGGAUGAGUGCUUGACAUAUUUUUUAUAUCAGAAGAAACGUCAUGUCUGCAUUUGAAGAGAUUCAGUUAGGGAACAAGUUAAAUGAAGUAUUGUUAGAGGAAUAGCUGAGAUUAUUUUAUAAGUAAUAAUAUUUUAUAAUUGUAGUUGAACAUUCAAUGAAUCACAUUAUUUAUUAUCUUUCAGAAUAAAUACAUUAGUAAGUCCGAAAAUGAUUGAUUUUUACAAGUUUAUUUAUAUCAAAACAAGAUAUUCAAAAAAUGUUAAAUAUUUUUAUAUUUAAAUAAUAUUUAAGGUUUUAAAGUUUUGAAAUAAUUAUAAAAACUCAUUAUUACUAGUAAGAACAGUAAUGGAUACUAUCUAGGAACUAAGCACACAAUGAAGAUGUAAUGUAUGUUAAAUAUGUAUUGGAAUAUGUGGGAGCCUAAAGCAGGUUUACAUGUUUUAAUUG